AGUAACGAAACCUUGGGCAAGAAGAAAAGUGGAAACCUAAACUGCCGACCAUGGGGCCGAACCUGAGAUCUUUGGUCGCGAAGGCUUACCGCGUUCGUCAAGGGCGUACUUUCUCAUCCUCCUCCUCCUCCUCCGCUCCCAAUCCUAUCGAUGACAAAGGAAAGAGAUCGGUCAUCACCCCAGUCUGGGAGUCUGUUAAUCGUCUUGCCCCCUGGUUUAUUGGUGGAUAUGUGUUUAAAUUUGGUUUGGAAAUCUCGGCCUUAAUGAAAUCCAAGCUAAAGUCUAUUGAGUUGCACGAAGAAUAUUUGAGAGAGUUUGAACGUUAUCAUCAGGAAAAGGAGCAGAGCCGUAGCCUCCGUCCAUUCUCCUAGAAAUGUAAUGAAAUGUAUCUAUCUAUUUGCAAUGCCAGUGAACUUAAUUAUCUAUGGUUGUGAUGUACUUGUUUUUUUUUUUUUUUUUUUUUUUUUGGCGUUUAUAAACAUUGGCCUCUCAGACUUCUUUACGUAUCUUUGUUUCCCACUUGAACCGGGGUGGCUGCCUUGUUAUAUCUAUCAUGUGUAUUCAACU